GCAGUAAAAUUGGUUGAACAAAUGUUCGUCCCCAUUUUAUUUCGUUGGAACGUACCUUGCCGCGGCAGCUGGGCCUUAUAUUGUUAUUGAAAUCCGUACAAUGUGUGAAAUCUAUUAUUAAAAGUGCGUGUCUCGUGUGAACUUCUGUUAGUGCAAUACAGUGUUAAAAUUUGUAGCGAUGGCUAAGUGAGAAUAUUUCGCACAAAAUGAACUGGACUCUGGAUUUCUCACUGAUAUUAAGAUGAAGGGCGGCUUGUGUGUUAUUUACACGUCGCUGCUGACAAUUUCAGUGCUGUCGAGUUGCGCGUUGUUUAUGCUGGUGGUGUCGGAAGGCCACCUGGGGGAUGAAGGGAGCGUGGACCUCUCUGGGCUGCACAACGUCAGUCAGAAGCGCAGUGCUGUAAGUGAGGAGGACCAGGCUCCGGACCCUGGGCCGAGGGAUGAGCCCCCAGCUGAGAGCUUGGAGAUGCUGAUCGCUGAUUCGUUGUCCCUGAAUUCGGUGACAACAGAUGGAUUACCUGACACUGGACAACCUCCAAUUCUCAUCUCGCUAGCGGACAACGCGAAACUAGACUUGAAAACUCCCGAGGACCUGUUGUUCGUGAACGACUCCGAGCAGCACAACGAAACCAAGACCUUCACCAUCGUAGACGGCAGCGAGGUCUUAGAAGAAAAAGAAGCAGAGAAGGAUGCGGCAGAAUCUCACCUCGUCGUCAAAGCUAAACCUAUGCACGAGGUGCGGCAGACAGAAGAUGCAUUUCACACCACACCACCCCCUGAGGAACCCGCAGAAUCUCAAACGGAGGACAACGAGGAGAAACCUAACAUUCCAGUCAAACCAGAAAUGCCACAAGAGGACAUACCCUCGUUCUCGGAGUGGGCGCAGAAACAGCUCGCAGAGGCGGAAAAGAAAGACACUGUCCUGAACCACUCGAGUCAACCUAGUCAUAGCAGUACUAACUUUAGCAGUAAGAGCACAAAACUGCGGUCGAAAAACUACGCUUCGCCGUCGUGCGCGGCCAAGGUCGUGGCCUGCAACCCCGAGGCCGGCUCCGCCAGCUCCAUCCUGUCCCCCAACAGGGACGAAUACAUGCUCAACACUUGCAACAGUCGCAUCUGGUUCGUAGUGGAGCUCUGCGAAGCUGUUCAAGCGCAAAAAAUAGAAAUAGCCAACUUCGAGCUAUUCUCGUCCACCCCUAAAGACUUCGCCGUCUACUUCAGUGAUCGUUUCCCGACGCGCGAGUGGGCUAGUGUCGGACAAUUCACGGCCAAGGACUUGAGAGACGUUCAAAGUUUUGAUUUAUAUCCGCAUCUGUUCGGAAAAUUUAUCAAAGUCGAACUCCUGUCGCACCACGGCUCCGAACAUUAUUGUCCCGUUUCGCUGUUCAAAGUGUACGGGACCUCGGAGUUUGAGGUUUUAGAGAAGGAGAGCUCGCAGCACGCCGCCCACAUCGAUGACGACGACGAUGAUGACGAAAGUAUUGACGUUCCCGCUGUUCCAGUAGCAGAAACCGAACCGACUAAAAACCUGUUUGGUUCCGCGCGAGACGCGGUCAUGUCUAUAAUGAAGAAAGCCGCACAAGCGUUAGUCAAAACAGAAGUUCCUAAAAACGUUUCAAGCGAACACAACGACACGUCGACGGACAAAAUGUACAAAAGGUGUUGCUCCCCCAGCCAUAUAAUAGUUUGUGAUAAUUGUAGUGAAUCGCUCUACAAUGAAGUGUAUGAACUGGUUAGUUGUAGUUCAGAUAAACUGACUAAUUUAGUGCGUCAAGUGUUCCUCCGUGAGACUCUGAAGUGCACCAGUAUAUGCCAGCCUUUCGGCUUGGACUUUAAAAGUACAAAGACUAUCGAGUUUGCCGAAGAGCGCGUGGCAUAUAUGAACGCAUUGUUUCCCCCUAAGUAUUUAGCCGCGUUGUGUAAUAUUCUCGCAAUUAAAGAGAAAAAAGUAGUUUUAAACACUAGUUUCGAAACCGAAUUGAAUGUUACCUCUAAUUUGACCGUUGACGAAUCGCCGCAGAACGUCAGCAGUGAAACGAACUCCGAACAGGACGUGAAGUUAGUAUCGCUCAACAAUGCUUCGUCGGACGAAGCCAACGAGACAGUCGAAUCUGAAGAAAAACCAGUUGUAGUCGAAGAGACCGUUGAGAGACCAGUGCCAGUUGAAAUACCAAAAGAGGAAGAAAGUGAAAACGAGCCGGUAGUCGCGGAUGAUAAAAUCGUCCAAGAGAAACCCGAAGAGAAGCAAAUAGAGAACAUAGAAAUCAAAGUUGAUGAAAAAGAUUAUUCCAAAGACGGUAAAAAUAAAAUUGAAGUGACUACCGAGAAAGCUAAAGAGGUGAUAAUUCCACCCGAGGAAGGGAGUGAGGGGUUGUUGGAGGACGCGCUGUCGGACUUGGAUCAGAUUGCGGUGGACCCGACGCCGGGGCCGGCGUCGCAGAACCAGCCCCAGACCACGAUCCAGAAGGAGUCUGUGUUCCUGAGGCUAUCUAAUAGAGUCAAGACGUUGGAGCGCAACAUGUCUCUAUCCGGCCAGUACCUCGAAGAGCUGAGCCGGCGAUACAAGAAACAAGUCGAAGAAAUGCAGAGGUCCUUCGAGAAGACCAUGCUCCAGAUGUCAGAGGAGCGCAGAAAGAGCAACGAGAUCGAACAGAAGUAUCUAGAACAGAUGACCACCCUCCAAGACCAACUAGCGCAAAUGACCAUUGCCAUGAAAAUCCUAAUGGAAGAAAGAGACAGCUGGUUCGGUACCAUGACCGUCUUCAAAUUCAUCAUCUACCAAGCGAUCCUCAUCGCGGCCGCAUUGUACUACUUCAACAAAACACGACCUGAACCUGUAGUCGUACACGUUCCUAGGAAGGUUAAUAAGAAAAAAGAUAAACUGAGAAGAAAGUCAGUGGAGGGAGUCAGCGGGCAUCAAACCCCAUCAGCGAAGAAAAGACGCCCGAGCGAAGAGGCCUUACGAAUAACAAGACAGGCAGUAGAAGAAACCAAUGAUGACGAAGGCGAAUGGCAAGUUGCCAGAAAGAACAGAAGGCGGAAAACCUCAAUAAUACACAGAGCUUUAGAAGACUCCAAAGCUCAGUACUGCAGACAGGACAGCAUGGGCAUGCUUCAAGAAAACCCGAUACCAUUAGACGAAGAGGAAUUCACUGCUCCCGUACCGGAGCCAGUGAAAUUCAACGAGGUCGUCCAACCGAGACAUAAAGUCAACGGGUCUAUAUUCAAUAAUCUAAAGAAGACUAGUAAACGAAGACUGUCAUCACCCGCUUUCCUAAAGUCCUUAUCCAGACAAAGCAUUAGAAGUACUCCAAGUCCUGUAUUGAGAAAUGAACCUGUGUUCAAUGGUUUAGGGAAAAUAUCUUCGGAAUCUCCUACUGGGAGCCUGUGGUCACAGUCUACGGAGAUGUCCCAGAACGGACAGGCGGAAGGUGGUAAAAAGAAGAAAAGUUUGAAGAACAUUAUUAAGAAGUUGUUUUGAGACUUUAACUGCUUAGGAGGCGGGUCGGUUUCAGAUUUGUGAUGAAAGUUUGUCAUGAAAAUUUGUGGAGUGUAGAAAGAAGUAUGUAAUUUAUACAUAAAUUAAGCUAUGUAUAAUCAGUGUUAUUUAUCAAUUCUACGCCACAUUCGUUUAGGCAUUAUUGUAUCCGCCUAAGAUUAUCCAAAAGUAAAUGUAAAAUUUUUUAGGCAAUAAUUUCUAUGUUAUGAGAAACAUCGUGUUUUAGGAAAUUAUUAAUUAUUGUGAAGGAUAAUUAUCAUUUUAUUAAUGACGUCACAUAAGGCUAUGUGGAUAUAGACAUCACAACUUUGAAACCAAAUCGCGUAUUUAAUUGUGUAUAUUUUUAAUUGCUACGAAUCAGCUAUUGUAAUUUAUUUCCUCGCAUUGUUUUUAAAUUAUUGUUAGACCUCAAUAAGGUGCCAAUGUGAUAAAAUUAGGAGCCUAAUAUACCUUUAGCCUGUUGC